UUUCUCGCGAGGUAAUCAUUUUUAUGGCGCAAGAACCCCAAACCAAACUCGACAACAUCGAAAUCCACAAGGUUCCAAAUUUUCACUCAAGAACAAAAAGCCAUCUCCAAGUUCCAAUUUUUCUUACACCCUUUUGGAUUCAGAGCCCAAUGCCCUAGUUCUUGUUCCCUCAAACUCAAAAGCCAUCCAUGGCCACAGACGCGACAGCGAAAUUCCAAAACCCCGAUUUUCGCUCCGCUCCGCCCCCACCGGAGCCAGAUUUCCACCCGGACCUGCCGGCGGCGACCCAUGACGGCCUCCAUUUCUGGCAGUUCAUGGUCGCCGGAUCCAUCGCCGGCAUGGUGGAGCACACGGCAAUGUUCCCGGUGGACACGGUGAAGACCCACAUGCAAGCUCUGGGUUCAUGCCCCAUAAAAAAAACCGUGACCGUUCGACAAGCCGUUCAAUCGAUUCUGAGAUCCAACGGUCCCUCUGCAUUGUACCGUGGCAUUGGAGCAAUGGGUCUUGGUGCUGGACCAGCACAUGCCGUGUAUUUUUCAUUCUACGAGACUGGCAAGAAGCUAUUCUCUGGUGGCAAACCCAACAACGCUGCUGCACACGCAGCUUCUGGGGUUUGUGCUACUGUUGCAAGUGAUGCAGUGUUUACCCCUAUGGAUAUGGUGAAGCAGAGGUUGCAAUUGAGUAACAGCGGUUACAAGGGUGUUUGGGAUUGUGUGCAAAGGGUUUUGAGCGAAGAGGGGCUAAGAGCGUUUUUUGCUUCUUAUAGGACCACGGUUUUGAUGAAUGCACCUUUUACUGCGGUGCAUUUUGCAACCUAUGAGGCUGCCAAACGAGGCCUUAUGGAGAUUUCGCCAGAGAGUGCUGUAGAUGAACGCUUGGCUGUUCAUGCCACUGCUGGUGCUGCUGCUGGUGCUUUGGCUGCUGCACUUACAACCCCACUUGAUGUGGUUAAAACUAAAUUGCAGUGUCAGGGCGUCUGUGGAUUGGAUAAGUUUAAAAGUGAUUCAAUUGGGGAUGUCUUUAAAACAAUAGUGAAAAAGGAUGGAUACAGAGGGCUCAUGCGAGGAUGGAGUCCAAGGAUGCUCUUCCAUGCCCCUGCAGCCGCAAUCUGCUGGUCCACAUAUGAAGCUGGGAAGGCCUUUUUCCACGACAAUCAAAGUAAAAACAAUGGCACGAUACUCUAAAUAAAUGCCAAGUUAGAAUAUUCAUUUCUCUAGAUGCAUUACAGUUGAAUCUGUUGCCCUAGCAAAUUAGCAAGAGCUUUGAACCUUGGCACAACGGUUAAUGUUGUCGCGGUGUGACUUGGAGAUUACAGGUUCGAUGCUUGUAAUCAGUCUCUUGUAAUUGCAAAGUAAAAGCUGUUUAUUACAGAUCCACACAACAAGUCCGACCUUUCCGUGGAGACUGCGCAUAGCGGGAGCUUUAUAGCACCAUGCUAUUUUUUUUGUUCUCUUUAGCUUUUUAUUAUUUACAUUUAAACAGUAGAUUAUUUCAUGAACACAGCUUUAUAGCCACAUUGUUCUUUUAUAAAAAAUUGCUAAACUUAAUGUUAAUGCAAAAGAUUAUUUCAUAUUCUGGAAUUUAAGGGAUUUCAUUU